GGCCUGUUCCCGGAACGCGCCUGCCGCCGCCGCUGUUUCCGCGCCGCGGCCGUUCGGCGGCGCACCCGGCGGAAGGCGCGGGCGGGCCUGAGGCGCGGGCCGGGCCGCAGCCAUGGGGAAGCGGCAGCACCAGAAGGACAAAAUGUACAUCACGUGCGCCGAGUACACGCAGUUCUACGGCGGCAAGAAAGCAGACCUUCCACGAACCAAUUUUAGACGUUUAUCAUUUGAUCACUGCAGUUUGUCUCUGCAGCCAUUUGAAUACCCAGUUUGCACACCAGAUGGGACAGUCUUUGACAUCCUGAGCAUUGUACCUUGGAUAAAGAAAUAUGGAACCAAUCCAAUCACAGGAGAAAAACUAGAUGCCAAAUCACUUAUAAAGCUGAAUUUUUCUAAAAAUAGUGAAGGCAAGUACCACUGUCCAGUGCUGUUUACUGUAUUUACCAAUAACUCCCAUAUUGUGGCCAUCAAGACUACUGGAAAUGUGUUUGCCUAUGAGGCAGUUGAGCAGCUGAACAUAAAACCAAAGAGCUACAAGGAUCUCCUGACAGAUGAGCCCUUCACUCGGCAAGACAUCGUCACACUGCAGGAUCCAACAAACCUGGAUAAGUUCAAUGUCUCAAACUUCUUUCAUGUUAAAAACAACAUAAAAGUAAUUGAUCCAGAUGAAGAAAAAGCAAAAUUAGAUCCAUCUUACUAUUUGAAAAAUACAAAUACAGAGACCCGAGAGACUUUACUGGAGCUUUAUAAGGAAUUCAAAGGUGAUGACAUUUUAGCAGCUACUAUGAAGGCUCCUGAAAAGAAGAAGGUGGAUAAACUGAAUGCAGCUCACUAUUCCACUGGAGCUGUAAGUGCUUCCUUCACCUCCACUGCAAUGGUGCCUGAAACUACCCACGAAGCAGCUGCUAUUGAAGAAGAUGUUGUGAGAUAUCAAUAUGUGAAGAAGAAGGGAUAUGUGAGACUUCACACUAAUAAAGGAGACCUGAACUUGGAGCUGCACUGUGACAUGACACCCCGAACAUGUGAAAACUUUAUCAAAUUGUGCAAGAAGAACUAUUAUGAUGGAACAAUUUUUCACCGAUCAAUUCGGAAUUUUGUGAUCCAAGGAGGUGAUCCCACUGGAACAGGAACAGGAGGAGAAUCUUACUGGGGAAAACCUUUUAAAGAUGAAUUCAAGCCCAAUUUGUCCCACACGGGACGUGGUGUUCUUAGUAUGGCAAAUUCAGGACCCAACACAAACAAAUCACAGUUCUUCAUCACAUUCCGCUCUUGUGCAUAUCUGGACAAGAAGCACACAGUUUUUGGAAGAGUGGUUGGUGGCUUUGAAACUCUGACUGCUAUGGAGAAUGUGGAAAGUGACCCGAAAACAGACCGUCCCAAGGAAGAAAUAAGAAUUGAGACAACAACCGUUUUUGUUGAUCCCUAUGAAGAGGCAGAUGCACAGGUCGCUGCUGAAAGAGAGAAGUUCCAGCAGGAAGAAGAAGCAGCCAAAAUAAAGGCUGAAGUGGUCCCACCAAAGAAAGAGGUUCAGACUCCUAAAACUUAUCGGCAGGGGAUUGGAAAAUACAUCAACAUGGCUGCAGCGAAGCGCAGCAUGGAGGAUGAUGGGCCUUCAACCAGCACAGCUGUGAAGAAAGAGAAGAAGAGCACAGGCUUCGGGGACUUCAGCUCCUGGUAGCAGCAUGGGGAGCCCAGCACUGGGGCAGCACAGCACAAACAGGAGCCUCCCACGUGGCCCCAGAGAGCCCAAAAGACAGUCUGUCCUGGGGAGGGAAGGCACCAGCCUGCCCUUCCACUGGCAGAGAAAACUGCUGCUUUGUUGAGGCUGGUUAAUGUGGCUUUGUUUUCUAGAGAGCACAUUCCCCCACUGCAUCUUCCUCGAAGGCUGUUUUGUUGUUUUGCAAAGCAGGGAGCAGGCAGCCCAGCUCCCCAGGGAUCAGCUGGAGCCUUUCUCUGCGUGGCUGGCAGCAGACCAGGCAGAGCCCAGCCUUGCAGGGCACUACUGCAGUGAACAGCUACAGUGGUGAAAGAGCUCCUUUUACAGGUAAUCGUUCCCAGACCAGCCAAGUGUGCUAGGGGAGGGAAUGAAUUAAUGUGCUGGGAGCUCCUGUACUGCUGGAGAGCUCUAUGGAAGCGCUUCAGCCUGUCCUGCCCUUACCUUCCAGCUGCCUCCUGCUGGUUCUCAACAAGGACCAAUUUUGUCUGGACUGACUGCUGUCAUCUGAAGGGCCUUGCUCACUCCAAAUGAGCUCUCUCUGUACCCGCUAAAGCCUCCAACAGCCUGGGAAGCUGCAAAUCUACAUGGGGAGCCCAGGGCAGCUGCACCACUUACUCCUCCCAGUGGCUGCCCUUCCCUGAGCCACUGGACAGCCAGAGGUGCCAGGAUGCACCAGUUCACACCUCCCCUCAGGUGCCAGAAACUACAGCCUUGAGCAACUGAGCAGGAAUAGAAACAAUUCUUUUGUUUGUUUGUUUUAACACCCAUCCCUAAAGCCUGGUCUUUGCAGGGUAAGGCACCCCCAAUAGUCUGCUCUGAUGUCAGGCUUCCCAUCAUUAGAAAAACCACAUAAUGUAGCUGACAGGCAUCUCAGACAUUUCCAUUACAUAACCACAAAUUAUUAAGAAUCUUAAUAAAGGCCUUAUGGAGUAAAGAUAUAUCAGCCUGUGAAGUUUUAAUCCUAAAGAAUCUAUGUGUUACCAUAAUUUAGACAUAGCAGGCUAGAUCCUGAAUAUCACUUUUCAGUUCAUCUUAGGUGUUUUCAGAUAAGAGCAAUGCCCUCUCUACCUCCUUUGUGGCUGAGGAGAAAAUUUUGUAAUCCCCUUUGGAACAAUACAUUUGUAUCAGUGGUUUCAUUCUUUAAGAAAAUACUCCAUUUAUAGGAAAUUGCUGUAAAAAGUUUUGGAAAUAUUUUGCAUUAAAUGCUUUUAUUUUCUUUUGA